ACGUCGUUUUUCUCCUCAACUUGAACAACAGUAAACACUACUCCAUUCCCUUCUUCGUCGUCUUCUUCUUCUUCUACCUGUAAAUCAAAAUCUUUGGCGCUCGAAAACCCUAAAAUUUACCUAAUCAAAUCACUCCUUACUUCACUUCAUCACCUGAAUCCAUUUCAAAAUUCUCCACCAUUUCAACUGAUUCCAUACAUGAAUUUCACCUCACAAACUCCAAUCAAUUCCUUACUUUUAUAGAAUAUGGAUGCCAAAGACAUUCUCGGCUUGCCCAAAAACGCACUUCCUGUAGCACAAGAGAAGAAAUCUAGGCCUCAGAAAGACUCUCACAGAAAACCCGAUGGAAUUUCUCGCGAGGUUUAUGCACUCACAGGUGGUGUGCCACCUCUUAUGCCAUCGAUCGAUUUAUCCCAAUUGAGAAAAAGGCCUCCAGCUGAUGAAAAGAUUACUUGGCAGUGGCUUCCUUUUACAAGUUCUGCUCGAAAGGAUAAUUUGCAGCUAUACCAUUGGGUGAGAGUUGUUAAUGGUGCACCACCAACAGGUGACUAUUCUUUUGCUAAGUAUAACAAGUCUGUUGACAUUGUACAAUACACAGAUGAGGAGUAUGAGAAACACUUGACUGAUCCUGCAUGGACCAAGGAAGAGACAGAUCAAUUGUUUAGCUUGUGCAAACAAUUUGAUCUUCGAUUCAUUAUAAUAGCUGACAGGUUCCCAACAUCUCGAACAGUAGAGGAGUUGAAAGACCGAUAUUACCAUGUUUGUCGAGCUUUGGUAGUUGCUAGAGCUCCAUCUCCUGUGGAUGUUUCAGGGCACCCUGUUGUUAAGGAACCUUAUAACGUUUCACAAGAGAAAGAACGCAAGCGAGCAUUGUCAAUGGUUCUCUCCCAAACAAAACUACAAGAGAAAAAAGAUGUCGAGGUUCUUUCAGAAGCAAAAAAAAUAACUGAGUCUCGAUUGGCUGCUAAGGUUGCUGAAGAAGUGGAGUUGCCCGUUGCAUCAAAUGUUGCCACAGAAAAUACUGAGAAGACUACUAUUCCGGGUGAUAUUGUGUCACCUUCUCCCAGUGUUCCGGUUCCAUCUGCAGUAGUUGCUGCUGCACCUUCAACAUUGGCAGCAGACAAUGCUGCAACUGUAGCUUCUCUACGCAUGCUUCGGGUAUAUUUGAGAACAUAUGCACUUGAUCAAAUGAUACAAGCUGCAAGUGCAUCUGCUGGACUGCGGACCAUCAAGCGUGUUGAGCAGACUUUACAAGAACUUGGGGUUAAUCUAAAACCAAGGGUGCCAACCAAAGCUGUUUGUGCAGAGCAUCUUGAAUUGAGAAAAGAAAUUCUGACCCUGCUCAAUCUUCAGAAACAGGUGCAAUACAAGGAGACAGAGAAUUCCUCUUUCCGCGAUAAUCCCUACGAAGCGCCCGGCACACCUAAGGACCGGAUGUUUGUUCCCGACUCGAUGAACUUUGGAGGGGAGAGACCUGGCAAAAGAGACCAGAAACGCAAGGGACCUGGAAGAGGAUCAGAAGCUCCAUCAUCUCCAGCCCAAUCGAAUAAACGGCCUAGGAAACUCAAGGCUUCAGAUCUUUAGUUCUCGAGUUGAGAUGGCAAAAUAUUAGCUUACUUAACGGUACCGGGGGUAGGGCAUGAAGGUGAUGACUCUUCUUAUAACUAACUUUUCUAACAGCUGAGAAGGAUGUGCAGGGGAGGAGAGCUCCCAAGAUGUGUGCCUGUUUUGUUCUUAGGAUUUUUGUUAGUAUUUGUAAUCAUAUUCAUAAUCAUGUCACUUUUGAUUCUUUUGAAAAUUUGAGGGUUUGUUAGUAUAACAUGUUAGUUUUGUCUUAGUUCAACAUUAAGAAUUUAGAUCAUCCUUGUUGGAUAUAAUUGUGAAUAAUUUAUCACCAUUCCAAAAUCAUACUCUUCAAAACCAGAGAUCUUUUAUUGUUCUUAUGAAUGUACUACCAAUUAUGUA